UCACAAUCAUUAAGACCAUAUUUAUCUGCUGUAAGAAGCAGUUUGACAGCAGCAAUGACAUUGGAGGAUUUUUCGUCACAAAUUGUUGAAAGGCACAAUAGACCUGAAAUCGAGAGCAAGCAAACUAGAGAGGUUUUAUUGAAUCCAAUGUUAAUAUCGAGGAAUGAAAACGAAAAAACUUUGAUUGAACCAAGUAUUAAUUCAGUUCGAGUUUCAAUCAAAAUCAAAAAAAGCGAUGAAAUUGAACAGAUAUUGGUUCAUAAAUUUACAAGAUUUUUAACCUCAAGAGCUGAACAAUUUUUAAUAUUAAGAAGAAAUCCAAUUGAGGGAUAUGAUAUCAGUUUUUUGAUAACUAAUUACCAUACAAAUAAAAUGUUGAAAUUUAAGUUAGUUGAUUUUAUCAUUGAAUUCAUGGAAGACGUUGAUAAAGAAAUCAGUGAAAUGAAGUUAUUUUUAAAUGCAAGAUCGAGAUUUAUUGCUGAAGCAUAUUUGACACCUUUUGAUUAA